AUGAGUCUGAGCAGUGCGUCGCAGAGGUUCAAGGACCUUCAGGACUUGAUGGGCAGCCCUUCUCUCGAAGUCUUCCGUCUCUUCUGUCACCAUACUAAACAACCUUCCCCGUUCCAGGAUGCUGUCUGCGACGCUGUCGGAGGAGACCUAGAGGGUGUGGGUAUCACCCCGCUCGAGGAGAACGAGGUGCCUCAGGCCUGUGUGUUGUAUCGGCACUUUCGCGAACAGAACGCUUCGUCGAGACCGGAUUACGAUUCGUGGCAGGGACGACGUCAGGGCUGGUUGAUCAUGGCUUCAGUUAUUGAUAAGCUGACGGCGUAUAUCGGAGGCGGGAUUGACGAAAGAGGAGUGUGGGGGCUAGCGGUCGCCGCACUGGACGUAGACUCAUACGACUGGUACGAGGUCGAAAAGGCCUGGGACGAGUUCGAGGAGUUCGACGUACAGGCGAUGGCAUGUGUUGUACGAUGGUCAUUCGGUCUGGGGAUGCUCGAGCCAAUUUACGAUCCCAGUCGGGGCGUCUCUUUCAGGGUGGCAAACCAGCUUCCACAUGAGGACGCGAGGUGGGAGAGCAGCGGCCAUCCCUCCUCCAUCUGCCGCAUGAUGGGGGAGUGGCUGAGUGUGCCGUGGAACUUGAACGACUUGAAGAACGGUGAGGGCGUGCUUCCCUUCGUCCCGGGCUAUGACACGUCGAUUGACGGCCAUCUGGCGCUGCAGCGCUAUCUGGACGAGGAGUGUCUUAAGACGGCAGUGAGGGACACGGCUGAGGCCAUGUCCAUUACACCCGAUGAAGGAUGCCGUCUGGCUCGCCUGUCUCCCUGGUUUUUCCAGUUCCAUUCCCCUAUCGGCACACCAGCGGAAGAGAAGAUCCGUGAUGACGGAUACGAGUUCGUGAGCCGCGUUAUCAACCAUGUCAAAGAAUCCACAGGGAGGAUCUUCGGACCCACAUCGUAUGUAUGGGACCGGGUGGUUCAGACCCUUGAUCCUGCUGAGUCUGCGUUGGGCACCGGUGUUCAUGGGAGCGCCCCGGAAGAAGUUUACUCUGCCCUCGAGAUGUGA